AACCAGGGGGAAGGUUCACCUGGGCUGAGGCGGAAGUUGGAUGUGAGCGGACACCUAGCCCCUGAGUUGGGGGUAAGGGAUCGACAGCGGGCUCCCCGGGGCUAGGGGGAGGGGCCACCUCCGGUUCUUGGCCUCAGGGCUUCGAUUUUGGUCCCGCAAGGGGGACCCGCCGCCGCCAUGCCAUGGAGCGUGACGUCGCCCGGGGCCAACCAGCCCGACAACACGGCCUUCACGCAGCAGCGCUUGCCGGCCUGGCAGCCGCUGCUGUCGGCCGGCAUCGUCCUGCCGCUCUUUUUCUGCGUGGGGCUGGCUUUCAUCGGCCUGGGCCUGGGUCUCUACUACUCCUCCAACGGCAUCAAGGAGCUGGGGUACGACUACACGGGCGCCUCGGACACGGGCAACUGCUCGGCCUGCGCCGCGGCCACUCAAGAGGCCCCGCCGCGCGCCAACUGCAGCUGCCAGUGGUGCUUCUCGCUGCCCGAGCUCUUCCAGGGCCCCGUAUUCCUCUACUACGAGCUGGCCAACUUCUACCAGAACUACCGCCGCUACGUGAUCUCGCGAGAUGACGAGCAGCUCAGCGGGCUGGCGAGCGCGCUGCGCAACCCCUCCGAGUACUGCGCACCCUACCAGUACAGCUCGGCCGGCGAGCCCAUCGCGCCGUGCGGCGCCAUCGCCAACAGCCUCUUCAACGACUCCUUCAAGCUGCUGCACCAGCGCCAGCCCGGCGACGCCUACGUCGAGGUGCCCCUUGACCGCACCGGCAUCGCCUGGUGGACCGACUACCACGUCAAGUUCCGCAACCCGGACCUCGUCAACGGCAGCCUGAAGCUGGCCUUCGAAGGCACGGCCAAGCCGCCUAACUGGCCGCUGCCGGUCUACGACUUGAGCUCGGACCUCAACAACACGGGCUUCGUGAACCAGGGCUUCGUGGUGUGGAUGCGCACGGCGGCGCUGCCCACGUUCCGCAAGCUGUACGCGCGCAUCCGCUUCGGCAACUACUCGGCGGGGCUGCCGAGCGGGGCCUACUGCGUGAACAUCACAUACAACUACCCGGUACUGGCCUUCAACGGCCAAAAGCGCAUCGUCUUCAGCAGCGUCUCGUGGAUGGGGGGCAAGAACCCCUUUCUGGGCAUCGCCUACCUGACCUUUGGCUCCCUCUGCAUCGUCACCGGCUUUGUCAUGCUCGUCGUGUACAUCCGGCACCAGGACGAGGACGACGACGGGGAGGACGAGGACCAGUGACCCGAUGGGGGCGGCAGCUGCUGGACACUCCCUGUGGCUGCCUUCCUCCCCCACCCCAUUUCUUACCUGGGCGUCGCCUUGCAAGCAUUUUGAGCUAUUUUGUGCCUCCUUAAAUGCUUCCUUCCCAACCCUACCCCAUUCCAUUCCUCCUGCAAAUUUCCUUAAUUCCUUAACGAUUUCUAAUUGUCUUUGUGGAGCUAGUUGGGUGAAGUCUACGGAGACAUUCCGCUCCACCACGCUAAUGGUUUGGAAAUGGAUCAGAUUAGCUUUUUAAGCUGUCUCCCUCCUUCCCAAUCUCAUCCCACCCUCCUUGUGACCCUAUGCCUAAUUGUUCCUGUGGAAUUGUUUGGAGAAUAGAUCUGAGGUCCAGGGAAAUUUAUCCUCCACUUCAUUCAAAGAGUCUUUCCAGCUUUUUGAGCUACGAUCAAUAUCUCCUUUCUGCUCCUCACCCACCAAUUCCUGAUUGGCCCCGGGGAACUGGUAGUUAUGCCUGAAGUCCAAGGCAUACCCCUUCUGUGUGUUGGAAGUUGAACUGACUCUUACCAGUCCUCCAAGCUACCUACCUCCUUAACACCUUUCCCAUCCCAUCCCCCUUAUAACCCUAGUUGCUCAUGUGGAACUGUUUAGAGGGAGGAUAUGAAGUCCAGGGAAAUUUGUCCUCUACCUCUUUCAGGGGGAAUGAUUGAAUCUUUCUAGCUUUUUGAGCUACCUACCUCCUUACCACCUUUCUGCUCCCGACUUCCCCUCCCCUUCAUCGUGGUAAAAUUUUUAAUUGACCCUGGGUUUGAAUGGUAGGGCAAGGAAAUCUCCCUUUCCUCUCUUUCACGUGUUGGAGGUUUAACUAGAUUUUACCAGUUCUUAAAAAAAACUCCUUCCCAUCCCAUUCCCCAUCAUGCUGUGAGCUUUCUGGAGGAUUGUCCUGUGGGAGUGGUUGGGUGAUUGACCAUCUUCAGAUAAAUUUCCCUUCCCUCUCUUUUAUUGUUUAAAGUUAAUCAGGUUUCUGAAGCAUUACCAGAGAUUAUGUUGUGAAUAAGAUUGUACGAUUCAAGCAGUAGAGAUUUUAGGAAUUAUCUAAUAUGAACCUCCUCAUUUUACAGAUGAGGAAAUGGAGGCCCAAAGAGAGGUGGCUUGCCUAAGGUCACACAACUAGUAGUGGCAAAGCUGGGAUAGGAAAAAUAAAUCCUGUGACACUAAACCUGUUUUUCUUUCCACUACAUCUUGCCACUUCCCCCAAUAAUAAUAAUAAUAACCAUGCCUUGCAAAUAAUGAUUUUGUUCACUUCCUAAGGAAGUAUUAACCUUAUAUUUUUACUAUCUAUAGUUCAUUGUAGUGGAGGCUUGACAUGUUUCUUUAACAUUAGUUGGGAGCUAGGCCAUUUUUGCAUCUCUCUGCAGGACAGCAUUCAUACCAAUUAAUAUUUGAGCUUAGGGCAAUAUACUACUAAUAACAACUGAUUUAUAUGGUGAUGUAAGGUUUGCAGACUACAUACAUUAUCUCAUUUGAGCCUCAAAACAAACCUAUAAAAUGGGUGCAACAGGUGAUAUCUUCAUUUUACAGAUGAAUAAACAGGUUCAAAAAGGCUUCAUAUACCUCAUGAAGGUCAGAGACAGAAUUCUAACCUAGGUCUUCCUGACUUAGCCCAGCACUCUAACCACUCUACAAGGCUCAUAUUUGACAAGACCUCUUUUUCUGUACAAAACUCACUUGUCUUGUUAUAUUUAAGAGAACUUGCACUCCAGCCACAUGCCUUUUCCAUAAAUAAGAAUAUCCUUGACUUUCUAGAAGUCUUUGCCAAAUAACUUCCAGAAAGGCUAAACAAUUCAGUCAGAGGGACUGCAGGGCAAACUAAGGGCACAGAGUCAAACUGUUAAUUUUUUGUUGCAAUAGAAACUUAAGUUGUUGAUUUUGUAUUUGGCAUUUCCUUUGCUAGGUCUAGGCAAGCAGGAGGUCUCAGGAAAGAUUCGCUUUCCAAUUCCUCACAGGAACAUUUUAGCCUUCUCAUUAUUUUGUAGACCCUAUGAGAAAGGCCAAAAAUACUUAGCUUUUGUGAGGACCCCAGAAGCAGCUUCUCUUCUAAUUGUGCUCUCAAAUAAAAGUCACAUGUUUGAAGUUACCAUGUUGAAAACUAAUGCUGUGGGCUGAGGAAAGAUGGUGCAGACUGAAAUUAAAAGAACUUUUGAAACUUUGAGAGAGUUGUUAAACUUUGGACUGAAUAUUUUUUGUGAUCAUUCAAGUGAUUCUAUAAAAUUCUAAGAAGCAAUCGUAUUGUCUUUUAAAAAUUGCAUCACUGUAUGUAACUUACUCAUCGAAGCUUAAACUGUUAUGUCCUUCCUACCUACUUUAUUCUGGUGAUAGUAUGCAUGCAAAUACCCAGAACUCUAUUAAUGGGUAAUAUUAGGCAUUUCUUUUAUGUAUGGUUUAGAAUAGAUGGUUUCUGAACUCCCAGUUCUCAAAUUCUGAUUCUCUUAUUCCUUCCACUAUUGCACAUAGGUCUUGGGAUCAUGCUAAUGUCCAUGGCAAUCACCAUUAAGUGUUGUAAGACCCUGAAUUAAAUGUAUUCUAAAUUACCAAAGACAUUUUUUUUAGUUGUAUUCAAUAUGAUUCUUAUUUCCUAAUUUUUUUUUUAAAGUGAGAGGCAUCAUGGUAGUGUAAUGGUGUGCUGUAGAGAGCUGAUCUUAAAAGAUGAUCCUGCCUGUGACACACUGGCCAUUUGACUCUCAGCAAUUCAUAAUUUUUCAGUGCUCCACCUAACUCUUCAAUAUUGUAAUUAUAGAACAGUUGCUGAUUUGCAUUGCUAGAGGGAGUUUCAUCGUUAGGAAUUUCCUUCAUCAAUGAAAACACAGAUCUGGACCAAAAUGUGAAAAUUAUUAAACCACAUAUUUUUUUAUUAAUUACACUCAGGGUUUUUAGGCAUCCAGUUACCUGAAUUUGACUAGUUAACAGAAUUUACUGUAUGUGUUUCUUUGUAUUGGGGAGCUAAAAUUCUGUAUUUCAAUGUUAUUUUUAGGCCAUUCCAUCAUGAGUCUGUAUAAUUAAAAAAGUAACCAAUUUAA